AUGGCGUUUGCCUCGAGUUUAUUGAUAUUUGCGACGGUUUUUGGUCUUUCCAGCGCCGUCGCCUACAUUCCUCUCACCGGCAUUGAUGCCUCGUUUGUGGCAAACAGCCGGCAACUUGUUGCAAAUCAGCUCACCUACAUCCAUAACUCGACCUGCCUGAACAACGUGAAUUGCCGCGCGUACAUGGUGAUCACGUUCCCCGGGUCGCCGUUGAACACCAAUUGUCUGAUUACGGCCAUGGGUUUUCAGAAGAGCACCCAGAUAAUGACCACCUCCGUGUCGCUGCUCACCGGCCAGAUUACAAUUAACUGCGGCGCCGCGACCGGCGAUUUCUACGUCCACUUCCGUUAUUAUUCGGCGGACGAGACAACCGCCAUCAGCAACUCCCCGAAAGCGCUGGUGCCGGUACCGCUCGGUGCGAACAAGACUUCGAUCCGGGUUACCGGUACUAUCAACACUUAUCCCACCAUCGUCACGUUUGCCGCACCCGCCGGUCAACCCAAUCCAAUUAUGCAAAUUGCACCGCUGAAUUCGCUCUCCGGCAGCUGCAACUACGACCUGUACUCGCAUGGUGAGCCGAGCCAAAUCGGGCAGUCGAAAUAUUCGCUGUUGCGCUACACGCCCCAAAACAGCGGCAGGCUCUCCGUCAAUCCGAUUCCCGCGUACGCGGCGACGAUCGUCGUCAGCAAGGGGUGUGCCGCCGAGUUUGCCGUGAGCGAUUUGACAAACACCUUCAACUACGGGAACGCCCAGGUGACGAUGAAGACGCAGAACCGAGUCGGGUUUCUGAUGAGCCGAAAUUAUCCAAAUUCCUGGUAUCUUGAUGGUAAUCAGAAUCAGGUUGCCAGCGUGAAGUGGACCGUCGACAGCUCCAUCAAAGACGCCGGAAAGACAAAGGCAAAAAUCACGGUCGUCAACUUCCUGCCCGCCACAAACAAGGCGCAGCUACAGCUUUAUUAUAAUGACAAGCUGACCGAUACCUACAAAAAUCCCGUGUCGAAUGACGUCGUCAGCGACAAGGGCAGCAGCUUUGCGGUCAAAUUCUACCCGGUCAGUCUCGCCGACCAGUUCCUGAUCCGGGCCUGGCGCGCCGGGUCCAACUGCACUGCCUGGGUUACGGGUGUUCGCCUUUCCAAAAUGCGAUUGCUGAUUGCGUUACUUUGUAUUGCCUCAAUCUAUGCCAUCGACAUCCAGCUCACCCAAAAGGAUUCAAAUUACGUGUUGCGUGGCAACGAGUUGAAGAAUUUUCAGACCGUCAAUAUUAAAACUUGCUCCAACUGCAGUACACUCGUGCAGCACGGCUUCAUAGAUGGCGCGCAAAAUGACACGAAUUUCAACCUGAAGACACCGGACGGAAGGGUGAUCAAUUCCAAAAACCUGAACGGAACACAGGACUUGUACCUGGUGGGUGACAUCAGCGUCGACCCGGUUGCCGGAACGUCUUGGGACUUUGCACUCGUAUUCCGAUAUGUUCCUGAUAACGAGACCGCCUUCGUCGACAAGUCACAAAAACGGGUGGUGUUCGUGCCGCCGGCAGCACAAUAUGAGUACUACUCUUAUACCAUGACGGCGGAUCCAAACCGACCUACCGUAAUCACGCACGUUGCCGAUCCAUCGAUCGAAAAACCGGCCAUUAUGGUGUAUCCAUCGGGAGAUGUCUACAACUACUGCGAGUAUAACCUGUACUCCGGUGGCUACCCCCCGAUGACCACAUGGCAGCCGUAUUUCAUGUACCAAUAUGACAAAGACAGCCCGGCCCGAUUCAGCACGCUGAACCCAAUGUUCGAGUCGGCAAUAACGUUGGUGAUCCCGGCAAACUGUUCUAUCAACGUCAUGCUAAAGGACUUGUCGCCUAAAACCAACGGCACCGGUAACAUCAACUCCAAGACAAGCUCGAGGUCGAUGUUCAUCAGCAGUCGAAACUACCCCUAUACCCUGGAUGGCCGUGGAAAUGAGCUGGAUGUCAUCUUUUUUGAGUGGCACAUAGAUUCAUCUGUGAGAAACUGGAACCGGACGCAAGUGAAGGUCUUUGUCAACGAGUUUAAUCCGGGUAACCCGCCGGCACGGUUAGAGGCGUACAAGGAUGGGUUAUUUUACCAGUACAUGAACUUGACCACUGCUUUGGCUCAGAUGGAGUGCGGCUACUUUGCGCUCUUCUUCCAGCCCUACUCAAAGGAUGCUAAUUUCCUCGCAUACAUCGAGACAAAUCCAAGCGAUGCGCCGGGAGCAACAACCAAUGCACCACCAACGGUGACUACCACGAAAAGCUCAAACUUGCUCGGCAAGUUGGACGAAAUAACCUCUUCACUGAUCCUGGUUGACUACCAG